AUGGUUCAAUACAAGCUUCACUACUUCGACGGCCGUGGCGCUGGAGAAAUCGUUCGUCAAAUUUUCAAGUUGGCUGGACAGAACUUUGAAGAUGUCAGAUAUUCCUUUGAAACUUGGCCAGCUGCCAAGGAAUUGAUGCCAUUCAAACAAGUCCCAGUUCUUGAGGUUGACGGAAAGCAACUUCCCCAAUCUUACACAAUCGCCAGAUAUUUGGGCAAACAAUUCGGAUUCCACGGACGUGAUGCUUUCGAAGGAGCUUUGAUCGAUUCAUAUGCCGAUCAAGUCAAGGACUGGUACACUGAGACUCGUGCUUACAUCUCUGUUGCCCUCGGAUUCGCCGAAGGAGAUAUUGAGAAGCUGAAGAAUGAAGUCCUCGUCCCAGCUCUCAAUAAGAACUUACCAUUCUUCCAAACUGCCAUCAAGAACAACAAGAGCGGUUUCUUGGUUGGAGACUCCGUCUCAUGGGUUGACCUUCUCCUCGCUGAAUUAAACCAUAAUAACUUCGACAAGUAUCCAGAACUCUAUGCCGAAUACCCAGAGUUGAAGGCUCACUUCGAGAAGAUCCAUGCCAUUCCAGCCAUCAAGUCCUGGAGAGAAUCUCGCCCUGUAACUAAAUUCUAA